CUGAAAAGAUGAAUAAUCAAGCGUUCAGUUUGGCGGAGAGGCUCAUACCUUCAACCUACGUGCAGCAAGGUUUAAAUGCCAAGAAAUCCCGUGAGAACCUUAUACGGCAUUUUAUCGAGCAUCGAAAAUGGCCGGAAGAGGGAUGGGACGAUGCAACGAUAGAAGCAUUUCUGUCGGAUCUGUCACAGAUGGACAGCAAUAACUUUCCCUCAAAUUGUAGCGUUGGCGAACGCGAGGCAAGGAUCGUAUCGAAUAUCGUUGCGAGGAGACACUUCCGCAUGGGACAUGGCAUAGGUAGAUCCGGUGAUCUGGAAGAAGUACAACCAAAGGCUGCUGGUAGCAGCUUAAUGUAUAAAUUAACAAACUCUUUAGUGCUUGAAGUUAUACGAUACAUGGGAGUGAAAAGCAUAGCGGGUUGCUUUUUAUCGCCAAUGGCCACUGGAAUGAGCCUAGUUUUAUGUAUGUUAACGCUUAAGCAGGAUAGACCGCGGGCGAAAUACGUUUUAUGGCCUAGAAUUGACCAAAAGUCUAGCUUCAAGUCCAUAAUCACAGCUGGAUUAGAACCUAUCGUUAUUGAGAUGCAGAUAAUAGGGGACGAAUUGAAGACCGACAUGCAGAGACUCGAGGCGCAGAUGGCAGCGUUGGGUGAGAGCGUCGCUUGCGUACUCACGACCACCAGUUGCUUCGCACCCAGGGCGUGCGACUCCGUGGACACGAUCGCGGCCCUCUGCACCCAAUAUAAUAUACCGCACUUGGUAAACAACGCGUACGGCUUGCAGAGCACAAGAUGUAUGCAUCUGAUACAAGAGGCAUCGAGGAAGGGUCGCGUAGACGCAUUCGUACAAAGUACGGACAAGAACUUUCUAGUUCCAGUGGGCGGCGCCAUCAUAGGCUCGUUCGACAAAAACCUCUUGGAUCGUAUAUCGAAAAUGUAUCCCGGGCGUGCGAGCGCAAGCUCCGUUAUGGACGUGAUGAUCACGCUGCUGAGCCUUGGGAUGGCAGGGUAUAAACAAUUGAUUGCUCAACGUAAGGAGAUGUACUCCUACUUAAAGGAGGAGCUAGGAAAAUUGGCGACGAGGCACGGGGAAAGGCUGUUAGACACCAAGGGCAAUCCGAUAUCCAUGGCCAUGACUCUCCAGUGUCUGAGCCACCAACACGACAACAAGCAAGUUACUAUGCUAGGAUCAAUGCUGUUUCUGCGUAACGUUAGUGGUACUAGAGUAAUAACGACUACAGACUCCAAGCACAUCGUCUCACACAAAUUUGAAGGUUGGGGUGCACACAACAGCAAUUACAGAGUUCCAUAUCUGACCGCUGCGGCAACGCUCGGUAUGAAGAGGUCCGAUGUCGACGCCUUCAUACAGAGAUUGGACAAAGCUUUGACGAAAGUAAGGAGACGUUCAGCGCCGGUAACGCCCACCGCUUCGCUCGCUGGUUCCAGCAUUAACGGAGACGCCGGCGGCACCGGUGGACCGGGAGAGUCCAGUACAGCCUCAACCAGUCGUGCAAGUAGCAAAGACAGUUUGAGAAAAUGAACCGUAAUCAACGCAACUGGCCAGUCCAAUCAGCACAUUAAUAUCAAUUUGUAAGUCUCCACUUACAAAUUGACAUCCAUGUAGCAUGUUUUUGGGAAACGCGAAAUUUUACACACAAUUGUUCUUUCUUACGGUGCAUAAUUCACGCGCUUGCGCUGAAUUGCGCAGGUUUUGAAACGAUUUAUAAUAUUUUACAAAUUAAUACGAAAAUUUUCGGUAUUCUAAAAUUAUACGACGCAUUAUAAAAUUCCUCUCUUUUAAGGAAGAUAACAUUUAUUGUAAAACUGCAUUCGGUUUUUUAUUAAAUGAAAAUGAACAGUAAUCCGUACACGCGUUUCACGAAUAUAUGCUACAUACGAAUAUGCUGGUUCGUCUGCCCAUUUGCGUUGAGAUAUUGUCAAUUCAAAUCAUAUACCAAAGAGGGUGAGUCUUCAGAUAUUAAAUAGUGAUCAUCGGAGUUGAUAUUUGAGAAGAAGGAAACGGAAAGAGACAACGCGAAGCAUUAGGAUUCUUACGGCUCUGUUUCAGGGGAUUUAAGUGUUAAGCGCUGGCCGCCGAUUUAAUUGUUGAUUGUAUUAUUCUUCAUUGAAAUGUUUGUUAUUGUUUAUAAAGACAAAGAGAUAGGAAACGUUAAAUUCUUAUACUUAACUCUCUUUUUCACUCGUUCUUGCUUUAUAGUGUGUGAUAGUUUUAUAUAAACAAGAGAAGCACGUAUUAGCGCCGGAACGGAUUACAUAGCUCCUUGCUUCGUAUAGCGUAAAUUUCUUUUCUAAAGGAGCGACUAGAAGCGUACAGUUUUGUCGACGUAGUCAAUACUCACUAUUCGAAUCUUUUAUGAUAUUUGCCGUGCUAUUCUGCUGAAAACUGUUGCGAUAUUUAUGCGCAGUUUAUUCACUAACACAUCCUACCUGAUAGAAUUAAUUAAUUUGUGUCGUGUGGCAUUAAUUCUUUUUAAGUAGAGACUGCAUGUGAGAAGACGAACACUUCUGAUUUUCUUAAUUUAAAGUCCAUUUGUGUUUACGACAUCGCUAAGAAGAUAUAUUACCUGUAAAAAGAGGAAGCUGUGUAGUGGAAAUACUCACAGAAACACACUGUUAGGAAAAUAUGUCAAAAUUUAGGUAAAUAUAGUGUACUCGAUGGUACAAUACGAUUGUACGAAUAUGUUACAUUUAAAAAAAGAAACAAAAAACAAAACUGUAACAUCUUCGUAUGUGGAUGUGGUACACGUUUGUUUAAAAAACCAACGGGAUUUAAAACGAUAUCAUAUUAAUAAGUUUUGUUUGGAAAUAGCGUUAUUUUACAUUGUAUUGUUGUACAUUAGAGUAUUGCGUAUCUCUAUAAGCUAAGGAUAUGUUAUGUGAAUGUUGGGUAUUGUUUGAGGUACUUAGCACGAUUCGCAGGCAAAUAGCAUCAGCAUAUAUAGCAGUAUAUAUGACUAUUAAAUCGCAUUUAUACAUAUGAGAGAGAGAGAGAGAGAGAGAGAGAGUAUGCUUAUAUGUAUAUAUUUGGGCGCCUAUGCAGGCGCAUAUAUACAGAUAUCCAUACUUGCACGACAUCAUUACAUAUAAUGGAUAGUUUAUUUGAAGUUUCACGCAAUUUAGAGAAUGCUAUAUCGAAGUUGUAUUUAUAAAUAUUUAAUAGAGAUAAAGAGGAAACAGAGUGGUCAAUAGGAAGAAAUUAAUAGUAAAUGCUGCUGAAAUUCUAUAUCAAGCAUGUGUAACAAUUCGUAAUGCCUACAUCGCACUUUCUUUAGAUGAUAAUAUCGAAUUACUUGCAUUAUAUUGUUGAGAUUUGAAUUUUGUAGUUACAUGUUUUACGUUGCCAGUGUGAGAUUAUUCUAGUCAGUAUCUGAUGACAUUGAUAACAGUGCAAAAUGACUUUAAAUCACCAGUUCUCAGAAUGUAUUAUUACUAUGAGUAAAAGAAACAGUGUGAUACACGCAGAUUAGUAUUUAUUGGAUUAUCCGGCAAGUCCGGUCGUACGAUUUUUGAAUAACAUUUAAAGGCGUUUACCACUUAUUGAGAAUCGGCGAAUGAACUUUCCGGAUCAAUUCAGCAGUUAAACGCUUAGUUGAUAGUUUUAGGACGACAGUGCUAAUUAAGAUUUUGUGAAAUUUCUAGUAAUAAUUAUACAGAAUCCUACUAAUAAUAUAGAGUCAUAUUUUUCACUUUAUAAUCACUAUGUUCCUCGUGAAAAAAAAAACAAUCUCCUCAAAUGUAUAUAUAAUUAUCAUUUUUUCUUUCUGAUCAUUUACAGAGUAUUCCAGACUUAUUUGCCUAUCUUUUAUCCAUGUAUUCUAUUGUAAUUUUAAUUUUAUAAUCGAUUUUUUUAGUAAAUUGAAGAGAAUCCUUCAUUCCUCACAAAGUCUCAGUUUUCGACAUCGCAUAUUUUUUAAUUAAUUCUCAAAAGCUUUUUACAGUUUGGAAUUAAACGAAAAAUAAGAUUUUCAUUAUCUGUACUUUAAUUCUCGAAAAUUUCUUUGCUUUUAAUCAUCCAUUGACGCAAUAAGUAUCAACGAGUCGAGUUGUUUUCGUCAAGGAAAGAUCGAAAUUGAUGAGAGAGCCUAUAAGUAAAAGAUAAGCUUGAGAAGUUUGAAUCUUAUUAUCAAUAUCUUGUAUCUUGUGGCAAUAUACUUUUAAACUCAUACUUUUAAACAAGCUAUAUCAUAUCGCUACCAUGUAUUGUGUACAUUAUGACCUUAAGUUUUAAAUUAUACUUCUUCUUUAAUUAUCUCUCGCGUUUAUCCUCUCGAGAACGAGUGUUAUAUACAUACAGAAAACUCUAAGAUGUAGUAAAAGAAGAGAAAAAAUUGCAAACUUAUUGCUAUAAAGGGAUUGUGUAUAAAUGCUACAAUAGAAAACGUUAAAGUAUUGUUUAACAAAGGAGACUAUUAUGUAUAUACAUAUAUACAUAUAAUAUACAUAUAUAUACAGAGCGCUCUUUUAUAUCAAGCAUCAAGCAUUAUGAUAUCCAGGUCAUUCAGCAAAAACGCUGUUUUAACUAUGCCGAUGAUUAUACUCAUUAUUUUACAUCGUACGUAUUUCAGAUUUAUUCGCUAUUUUCUAUUAUCUAAUCUGCAAUUUUCAUUACCAAACCGAGCAAUAAUUAUAACGUAAUGCAUAUAUAUAUAUAUAUUUCAGGAUUGUUCUCUAUUCACGAAAUCUUGGAUUCCCUUGAAGAGCAAUAGACAAAUCAUCUUAUAUAUGUGUACAUAUGUGUAUACAUGUAUAUAUACAUAUAUAUACACACACACAUAUGCAUAUAUCUAAUAAUAGGAUAGUCUAGAGGCAGCGUACGAAUCUAUAACUCGUACUCGUAAUACAUUCCUAUGUAAAUAAAAAAAACAGUCUCUCUCUUAUUUGAUUCACUUCCAUUUCCAGCUGGGUUUUGUACGAUGAAGGCCAGCUUGUACUACGUCAUCAUACGCCUUUCACGCGAACAACGAUACUUGUGGACCUAAUUUUCCAUCUUUUUUGAAAUCCCACACGUCCGACACAAACAAAGUUUGACUGCAAUUAUUGUCUUUUAUAACGAUAAAUAUAAUAUUCUAACAGGCAGACAGCGAAUCUGUUGAUCCGAAGCACCCACGUUCCCUCACGCGCGCGCGCGGCGCGCGUGAAUAAUGUAUUUAUAUAAAAAGGGGUAAUAUGAUAAAUAAAUAUCGCCCCACCGAGAGAAAGAGAGGGAGAGAAAGAGCGAACGAGAGAGAGAGAGAGAGAUUCACCAUACCGUUUAAAUUUAGCGCAUCGGUAUGUAUUGUGUGCAGCAAUUAUAAGGCGCUUGUCGACUAUACGAUAUAAAGCGAAACAAGAUAAUCACUCACGUACUAAUCGUGCGUUUUCCAAGGAACAUUUGAUUUUUUUAACAUGUACUGACGUCUGAAGGAUACACUUGUGUGUGUGCCGACGUUGUAUAUACGCAGCUGUUUCGAUGACGAAAUUUUUCAAUGGCUCAUUUACGAUAUACGUAAAGACAAAAAAUUCCAAAGGGCCAUAAGCUAAACACCAUACAAGGCCUGCCUGCGCAACACGUGACACGGCAUCCCUUCACUCGCGAACAAUUUAUUAUUUGUAAGUCGAUAUUCUAUAGGUAUUGAGCUACUUAAAUAGAAACUAAGCCGUAUAAACGAAAACCAAAAAGGAAGAUGUACAGAACUAACUUGGCGGAUGAACAACAAAUUAAAAAACUGGCCAAAUGGAUGGAAGGGGGUCUCUCCGAUCUCUGUAUGUUCUUAUAGUGAUUAUUCUGUCUGGCUUUUUUCAUUUGAUGGUGAUUUAGAGACAGGUGCGGUACGUAACGCGCUGGAUAUUAAUCAAACAAUAGAGUAUGCAAACGGCGUAAUGUACGAGCUCUUCCCUAAAUAUGUAAUUACCGUGUAAUAGUUAAUGCUUUAUUUGUAAUAUAUGCAACUAUUGGAUAAAUAAAUAUAAAAACUGUUAAGC